CAAACUUGGAAUGGACAUGAGGUCAUGUGGGAUCAAAACAAUCGAUAACGUCACUGUCCAUAUUCUGCAUCCUCAACAACCAAACUUGGAAUGGACAUGAAGAAUCAAGUCACUCCAGACGAAAGCAUUGGCGGUCGGCAAGUUGAGGAAUUCUUCCCUCCUAGUCGAGGAUUAGAUCGUCCUCCUACGCUUGGCAAUGAAGUUUCCUUGGAAGAACAUAAUGAAACACAAAACUGCCAGAGGUAUCCGGCCCAAUAUGCUCCAACCAGUAUGGCUCGACAUUCUCGGGUCGGUCCAAGAUUUCUCCUAGGUCCAUGGACAAACCAGAAUCAGCAGUUUAAGAGAUAUUCAGAACAGACCUAUGUUCCAACACAACCUUCUCCGACUCCAAGAGUAUCAGUUCGUCUUCGUCCUUCCACUCCUGAAUUUACAGUAAAAUAUCCACAACCUGGACUCAGGAUUCAGAAUCAACAACCUCCGUCGUACGAGGAAUCAAUCAGGCACUAUUUUCCUCGGAGGCAAAGGAAUCCGUCGGCACGCUGCACUGUCCUCUACCAACCUCCAAGUCAUCAGAAGGAAAGUUAUGAUGGGUCUGUUAUAUUUACAGACGAGUCUGUAUUUAAUAGUCCACCAAUAGAUUGGACAAUACCAGCAAUAAUUUCCCUAGUUUUCUGUCCAUGCAUUGGAUUGUUAGCUGUAUCAGCAAGUAAAGAAGCUAGAAAGGCUGUUGAAGAGAGGGAUUUCGAUAUUGCUCACCAAAAAGCCAGAAGUGCCAGAAAUCUAGUGUGUAUUGCUCUGAUGGUAGGACUGUUGAGCUGGGGAUAUUUGAUAUGCUAUGCUUAUUUCUGGAAAUACACUUACAAGGAUUAAAAUAAUACCAAA